AUGGAGACCGGAUCGCCGAAACCGAAGAUGUCGGGAGACGGUGGCAAAGUAACUGGCCCACUGCUGUACGCAGUGACGUCGGCCGUCCUCGGAAUGCUGCAGUUUGGCUACAACACUGGUGUCAUCAACUCACCUCGUGCAUUCAUCGAGUUAUUUAUCGGCCAACAAUACGACGCCAACGAAACUUUAAUUUUUAGUUUAAUCGUCAGCAUAUUUGCCGUGGGCGGUAUGAUCGGAUGCCCACUUGCGAGCUGGAUGAUGGAAAAGUAUGGUCGUAAAAAAUCUCUACUUUUAAACGCUGCUUUUGGAGUUUUAGGCGCUGCGUUAAUGGGAUUCAGCAAAGUGGCUGAAUCGGUCGAAAUGAUAAUUAUCGGCAGGUUCUUAAUCGGUAUUAACUGUGGUUUCGCUACCACCGCUUCGCCGACAUACGUAUCAGAAAUGGCACCUUUAUCACUGCGAGGUGCUUUUGGUACAGUCAAUCAAUUAGCAGUCGCUUUAGGUCUGGUUGGAGGACAGAUACUAGGUAUUGACGUGAUAUUGGGUAGCAAUGAAGGUUGGCCUUGGUUACUUGGACUGGCCAUUGUGCCAUCCAGCGUCCAGUUUCUUAUGCUGAUUUUUGCGCCUGAAAGUCCUCGUUACUUGUUGCUGGUUGUACGCGAUGAGGAAGAAUCAAGAGCGGUGUUAACUAAUAUCCGAGGAAUGGUGGCAGUUGACGAUGAGAUUCAUGACAUAUAUAUGGAGGACAACGCGGCAAGACAGGAGAAGAAAUUCACCAUUCUCGAUUUGAUUAAGAUCAAGGCACUGAGACAGCCGCUCAUAAUUGGUGUUGUGAUGCAUUUGUCUCAACAGCUCGGAGGAAUCAAUGCUGUUUUGUAUUAUUCAACAACAAUAUUUGAAAAUGCUGGAUUAAUGCCGGAGAAGGCCAGAUUAGCGGCAAUAGGCGUGGGCAGUGUACUUUUUAUAAUGGCUUUGGUGUCUAUUCCGUUGAUGGACCGCCUCGGUAGGCGCACGCUGCAGCUUUGGGGACUUGGUGGUAUGGCUGUUUUCUCAGUGCUCAUGACUGUUGCCUUCUUUACAUACAAACAAAACGCAACGAUGAGUGUAUUUGCCGUAAUUUUCACAUUCCUAUACGUAGCCUUCUUUGGUGUGGGUCCCAGUUCCAUACCUUGGAUGUUGCUGUCGGAGUUGUUCGGUCAGGGAGCUAGGAGCGCGGCGGUCAGCGUAGGAGCUCUAGUUAACUGGUUAGCUAAUUUCAUCGUUGGACUGACUUUUAUUCCAAUGUCGAGGGCAUUAGGCAAUUAUGUGUUCCUACCGUACACCGUCCUUCUCAUAUUAUUCUUUACGUUCACAUACUUUAAACUGCCUGAAACAAAGAAUAGAACAAUCGAGGAGGUGACAGCUCUCUUUAAGAAUUAA